AUGAUGCGCACAGCUCUCACCUCUGCGGCGCUCUUCGCUGCCGCCCAGGCCAUCGGCGACGCCAUCGUCGUUAACAAGUGCAGCUACGAUGUGUACAUGAGCAACACCCCAGCCAUGGGUGGUGGCUACUCCAACAUCGACAAGACCCUGUCGUCCGGCGCGACAUACUCGCAGACUUACACCGAGCUGUCGAACGGCAACGGCUGGUCGAUCAAGCUUUCGAAGGAAGAGAAUGCUUUCCAGACCAACAUCCUUCAAUACGAGUACACCUUCCACAACGAUGGCACGAUCUGGUAUGAUCUGAGUGCCGUCGACGGCAACCCAUGGGACGCGAACUGGGAGAUCACUGCCUCCAAGGGCUGCUCCCCGCGCCAGGCUGCUUACCGCUAUGCCACCGAUGACGCCUAUGGCAUGCAGUCUUGCGGCGACGACGCCACCAUCACGGUCACUCUCUGCUCUGGCGAAGCUGGCGCUGGCAGUGGCAGCGGCGGUAGCCCCAGCUCCGCACCAGCACCGACCUCCGAAGCUCCUGCGCCUUCCUCUCCUGUCGAGACCUCCACCAAGAAGCAAAAUGGCGGCAACAACUGGGGUCACCACACUUGGGGCCUCGAGGAGAACAAGGUCGCUGCCGCCGCCGGCGAUGCACUCCUUGACGAGCCAAAGUCCAAGGCUCCUGCUCAGUCGCCAACCACGCUUGCGACUGUCCACAAGUCGUUCGACGGCCCUGCCGUCACGGUCACCAACGUCCACAUGGAGACCUUGACCAAGUUCGUGACCGCGACCGACGCGCCCUCCAAGCGCCACGAGCACCACCGCCGCCACGAGCACCGCCAAUAG